AUGAAAUGUGUCGCCGGAGGGAUCGGGCGGCUGCCUGUCAUCCUCAGCGGGGCUCCCCGCCGCUGCCCGGGUGUAUUUAAGGGAGCCGCCGUGCAGAGCUCGGCACAGCUGCAGAGGGGAAGACCACACACCCUUCAGAUGGCUCAGGUUCCUCGCUGUUUCACCAUGCAGACUCUGGGUGCUGCCUACAUCCUGGCUGCUCUGCUCACCUCUCACCCCUGCGCUGCCCACGGUAGGAGACUGAACUUUGGCAGGUGCACAGUGACAGCCAGCAUGGCUCGGAUCCAGGAGGCCUUCCUGGAUAUCAAGCAGGCCAUACAAGCUGAAGAUGCAACUGAUGACAUCAGGUUUCUCACCAGAUCUACAUUCAACAGCAUUGAGGCCCAGGAGAGCUGCUGUUUUCUGCGCCACAUACUGAGGUUCUAUGUGGAGACGGUCUUCAAGCACCACACCCCAUCCAGCCCUCUCAUUGAAAGGAGAACCAGCAGUCUGGCCAACUCCUUCCUCAGUAUCAAGAUACUGCUCCGGCAAUGCCAUGAAGAGAGGAAGUGUCACUGUGGAGAAGAAACCAGGGAAAAGAUAAAUUUGAUCCAAACCACCUUUGAAAAGAUGGAGUUAAAUGCUGCAGCUGUUAAAGCAAUUGGUGAAAUUGACAUUCUGAUUGAUUGGAUGCAACAGGCCCACCACGAAUAA